GGGAGAGGAAGAAGGUGGCGGUGAUGGUGAGGGAAUGACGAGAGAGGAAGAAGGUGGCGGUGAUGGUGAGGAUGGGCGUUUGGGCGUUAACGACAAAGUAACGGAGAUGGGUGUGUGUAAUGGAGGGUGUAACGGAGGAGGGUAAACGUAGCUUUAUCCUAUUUGUUUUGGUCAUUGCUUUCAAAGAAUAAUCAAUUGAAUGCAUCUAA